GUACGUGCAUAUCGUAAGCUAGCUAGCUAGCUAACUCAGUUAACGUUAACAAGUGAUCAGCGGAGAGAAAUGGCUUGUGAACCUAAUCGUGUGCGGCUAAUAUGCAUGCUUUCAUUGACUUUUGGCUUUUUUAUCGUGGAGGUUGUCGUCAGUCGGAUCACUGCAUCUUUAGCAAUGCUUUCGGACUCCUUUCAUAUGCUAUCGGAUGUCAUAGCGCUGCUUGUGGCUUUGGUGGCCGUGCGCUUCGCUCAGAAAACACAAUCGACAAAUAAAAACACCUUCGGAUGGAUCCGGGCUGAGGUGAUGGGGGCUCUGGUCAACGCAGUGUUCCUCACAGCUCUCUGUUUUACCAUAAUAUUGGAGGCCGUCGAGCGAUUCACCAACCCACAUGAAAUCGAGAAACCCCAUGUAGUUAUCGGUGUGGGGGCCGCCGGGCUCCUGGUCAACCUCCUCGGGCUGUGCUUGUUCCACGGACACGCAGGUGGUGGACACGGGCACUCCCACGGAGGAGGAGGCCAUUCUCAUGGAAAUAAGAAAAACAAGCGGGGUAAACUAUGCAAGUCAGAAAGACCGAAUGGAUCAUCAGGAGAGGAGACCAACAACCUGGUAGGAAGCCACAACAGCCCCCCUAAUGGCGUGAACACCGAGAGACGUAGACAUGAGAUCGUUUGUAACGACAGUGAGAUGCAGAUGAACGGCAGCGCUCCCUACGAGGAGCUGGACUACAGCCACGACGAGGCCUCGCUCAACAUGCGCGGCGUCUUCCUACACGUGCUGGGCGACGCCCUGGGCUCUGUCAUCGUGGUGGUCAACGCCCUCAUCUUCACCUUCGUAUGGCGGCCGUGCCCGCCCGGCGAGACCUGCUUCAACCCAUGCAUCGACAGCCACUCCACCGACGGCAACAGUUCUAGCUUUCAACGGACCGUGGUGGGACCGUGCUGGGUGCUGUACCUGGACCCCACGCUGUGCAUCAUCAUGGUGGGUAUCUUGCUCUACACCACCUACCCACUGCUCAAGGAGUCUGCACUGAUCCUCCUGCAGACGGUGCCCAAGCAGAUCGACAUGCAUCGCCUCAACGAGCGGCUGCUCUUGCUGGACGGUGUGCUGGCCAUCCACGAACUGCACAUCUGGCAGCUGGCGGGCUCACGCAUCAUCGCCACGGCGCACAUAAAGUGUCACGACCCCACGUCCUACAUGGACGUGGCCAAGCGCAUCAAGGACUUCUUCCAUGACGAGGGCAUCCACGCCACCACCAUCCAGCCUGAGUUUGUUACCAUCAACUCCGAGUCAAGUGCCUCCCUCUGCGAGCUCUCCUGCCGGACACAGUGCGCACCUAAGCUGUGUUGUGGCGCUGCUGACAAGCUGGGCGUGGCUGGUGCUGGUCCGGUAGGCUCGGAGAAGAUCCUGAGUGGUGAGGGGAAUGCGCUGGCGGCCUCGGCCAUAGAUGUAAUCAACGAGACCCCACAGGGAGCAGCAAUCCUGGAGCAGGCGGCCACUGCAGUUGUCCAGGUGGUUCCUCAGCCGGAGCCCGAGGUCGCCAUCACCCGAGAGGUGGAGUCUUCUCUGUGAGAGACCAGACAGUCAGAGGAGUUUUCUUUUCAAGUGCGGGCUAAACUUGCCGACGGGUUGUCGUUUGUACAGCGCUCUCGGUUGCUGGAGACGGGUUGAAAAAUGGCUCCGCCGCGGUCUGGUUUGAUGACACCCUCUGUUCUGAGCCCCUAACCCUCCCACCACUUUACCCCACCUCCACAACCUACCCCUAGCCACCUUUACCUCCUCACCCCUGACCCCCUCACCCCUGACCCACUCUCUGAGUGUCACAGAGAGCAGCACAUUGAUGAUACUUGUGACUUCACCUCUCACCCAGGCUGGGGUUCAGCCUGGUCUGGCCUGCUGCAUGUGUGGCCUACCCCUCAUUAGCACCAUGUUGUGAUGUGUGUGUGGUCCUGUCCCUCCAUGGUGUCUCUGUGCCAAAGCUUCUCAAUGCAGGGCAGAAGGGACAAGGGGAGACUCCAACAAGGACAAAGAGCAAAUACUACAUAUGCAAGGCAACGCACACCUGUCUACUCCGCAGGUUUUUAAAAUCGAUCUCUGAACCUUUCAUUUAUGUAUUAUUACAUUUCUGUUGGAUAGGCUUUGAACAUCUCUAUUUUAUUAGCCUUGGGCGCCCAAUGGAAAAUGAUUAUAUUACAACAAAAAUAUUUAUGUAUUUAAGUUUAGUAAUGAUCUAUUUCUCUCUGUCAAUGCUUUCAUAAUAUUUAGUUUGGAUGAUGGAUUACAUUUUUUGUAAUUGUUCUGCCACUUGAAUAUUUGACAAACCAUCUAUGCUGUAGACUUUUUUUUUUUUGAAAUUGUGCAUUUUGCUUUUAAUUAUGACUUUUCUGGCCUUGACUCUGUUUUAAUGGCUGUUGUGAGUUGAAUGCAGAUGCUGUGUUAAAAAAAAACUCACCUUUAUUUCAAACUGAUUUUAAAUGGCACUGAGUACAGUUGGAAUAAGUACUGUAGGUUAGCCUAGCUUGUAUUGGCAAACUUCGACAAACAUCAAAUCGGCCUUGCAAGCCUGUGCGUCUAUCACUGAAAUAAAUGUGUACUACAAAAUGUCAACAACUAUAUUGUUUUAAAUCUAUGCUGGAGGACAUUCAGAUGGGUUGUUGAAAUUCAUACUAAUAUUCCUCAUGAAUAUGUUGAGGAAGGGACCUAGUCAAAAUCCAUCCUGAAGGUUUUUAGUUUCUAGUCCUUCUGCUGUGACGUUGCAUGACCAAACUGAAGUGUUCUUUGAAUCACAGAGCUUCAAAACAGUAGCCUACUUCCUCGUUUUCUCAGAUAGCAAGAAUAACUUUAUCGAAAUGUCACUUGGGCCUAAGCUUCUCCUUUCUUUGUAGUGAAUGAGUUUGUUAGGCUUCAUGUGCCGAUUUUGACAGUAAUCUUAGUGGCCUUUUUUUUUUUAAUAGAAGGAAAUCUGAUCAUUCCUCAUCCAGUAUCAUUUAUUAUCAACAUCACAAAGAUAUCGUUUUUAUAUGAUGAUUCAAGGAUGCAUUUCAGAUAUCCACUCAAAGUUAAUGUGUAUGCAGUAUAGAAGUAUUGUAUUGGGAAAUGCAUUUUGACACCUUCCUUUGUUUUGAAAAUGUCUGGUUACUAUCAUUCAGUGUCUUUGAGACUCGUUCUCUCUGUGCAAAUUGAGUUGUCGUUUUUUGGAUUUUAGAUAUGUGUUUUUGAUAUAUUACAGUACCUGUCAAUGUGUCAUUGUGAAAAUUAAACAUGCUUGUUUGGUACAGU